GGCAAUCGUCAGAAUUGUCAAAAGCAUUAAUCAUGUCUUAAGCAGUAAUCCAGUCUGCAGCUUGUAUCGUAAUUUUUGUCAUUUAUUAUCUACUCUUAUUAAUAAUUGUGUGUUGCGAUUGUUUAUCCAACCGAACGAUCUAAACACGGAGAAUGGCGUGGAGUUAUCUAACAAUUUUAUUUGUUUUUAUCGGCAGUUUGGUUUUUGCGGAAAAAAAAUUAUAUGGUGAGAAUGGAAUGAGAAAUUUAACAAAACUUGGAAAUUUCAAUGACUUUUGGACUCUGGACUUGGAACCAAUUUUGAUACCUCGAGUCUCAGGGACACCUGGAAACAUCAAAGUUCGAGAGCAUAUUAUUUCUCGACUUGAAAGUUUAGAUAGUUGGACAAUAACAGAGGAUAAAUUCGGGCAACAAACUCCAAAUGGAAAAGUAAAAUUUUCAAACAUCAUUGCUACCUUAGACCCCAAGGCACACAAACAAGUCGUCCUGGCUUGCCAUUAUGACUCUAAGAAAUUUUAUGACUUUGAAUUCAUUGGCGCCACUGAUUCAGCUGUUCCUUGUGCAUUACUCCUGGCUUUAGUUAGGGAAUUACAGUGUCUCUUCAAAUAUAGACAGAAGAACUUAGAUACAACUCUCCAGUUAAUAUUCUUUGAUGGAGAGGAAGCUUUCAAGGCAUGGACUGAGACUGAUUCUUUGUAUGGUUCCAGACACCUUGCCACCAAAUGGCAAAAUGAACUUGAUGCCAAUGGACGGAAUAAAUUGUAUUCGAUAACACACUUCAUUCUUUUGGAUUUGAUUGGCAGUUCCAAUAUAGUUUUCCAUAACUAUUUCCCUCAAGAAACAGACAGACUAUUUCAAAAUCUUGUAAAAAUUGAGCACUUGCUUUUAAGACGAAAUCUUCAACACCGUGACCACUACAAUAUGUAUAAGUCAAUGUUCUCAACUGAACUAUUACAAUUCCCUCUGUAUGGCAUACAAGAUGAUCAUGUGCCCUUUGCUAAGAAAGGUGUGAAAAUCCUCCAUUUGAUUCCAUAUCCAUUUCCAAGUAUCUGGCAUCAACCAGGUGACAUCGAGAGGAAUCUAGAUAAAAGAUCUAUUGCGAACUUUAAAAAUGUAUUGACUGUAUUUGUUGCUCAUUACUUGAAACUUGCUUCCUGGCACAGAGAAUGUUCAUCCAGGUUUGAAAAGUGACUAUUCAAGCAACCUAUAGCAACCAAUGGCAAACGGACAAUGCACACAUCAUUCAUCAAUGUCUAAAUUCAAAUUUGAUCAGUCAGAAGAUCUGAGUAAAUGUGAGUGAUAAAACAAGAGCCCUGUAGUAUACAUCUUUGGUUAUAUGUUCAUUUUCAGUCCUUUCAUAAGUAUUUGUUGAGUUUGUAAAAAUGUUAUAACUAUUUUUUUUUAUUAGAAGUUUUCUCUCAAAUCAUUUCCAUAUAAUUUCUUUAACCCUUUUGAUACCAACCCACUUGAAACUGCCUCUGACUCUGUCUUGUUUCCAAAAGUUCUGAAUUAAAAUCUUCCAUCAAAUCUUAGUCACAAUUUAUGUUCCUAACACUAGCUUAAUAAUAACUAGAUUAUUUUACUAAAUUCUUUGUUAUAUUUAAAAUUAAUUGAAAGAAACACAGAGUAUCUCAACAGAAAUAUGGUAACAAAAGGGUUAAGCAAUAUUUUAAUCUAGAAAUAUUUUUACAAAUACUUCCUUAUUUUGUUUUCUCCUUCCAUUUUUAAUUCUUCAUCCGUCAGAAAUAAAAAAAAAAAAUUAAAGUUUGUGCUCAGUUGUGCAAGACAAAUUCAUUUCUCUAAUCAAAGUAGAAAACAAAAAUGAAAGACAACUAGAAUAUUUAUUCCAUUAUAUUUAUCAGUAGAAUUAAAUGAGUUUUGAUUCUCUUAAAAAACAAAAUAGAAGGAUCCAACCUACAUUUAUAUUACUGUAAUAAAAUAUUUUUAUGCCAAGCAAUAUAAAUUUUAAAUAUUAUUAAAUUUUAUCUUCAA